AUGGCGCAGGAACAGCCGUCGCUCGAGGCCAAAAAGACUUAUUUUGCACAGUGGAAGCCAUUGCCGCACAGUGACGACGAAACAGAUGCCGUUGAUGCCAACGCAGAGGGCCAAGUGGACGACGACGAGCUAGACCCGCGGGAGCAGCGCAUGCGGCACCGUCACCGGCGAUUCUUCCGCAAGGCGUCGCCGCGCGAAGCGGCUGCCUCAGAAGCGGACCCGCGCGCUCAGGAAUAUUACAGCAAGGAGGAGAUGGGAGAUGAAGUGCAGGAGACACCUGGUGACGAGGUGGUGGUAGUGGUGGUGACGAGCUCGGCGCAAGCGACGCCUGCAGUCAAGAAGAAGCCGGCAAAGGCAAGCAGCAAGAGGAAUAGAAACGUCGUCGAUGGUUUACUGCAGAAUGAUGGAGACGAUGACGUCGAGUUCAUUGGCGAGACGCCGAUCGAUGCUACGAAGAGACGGCGCGCGUCUGCGAAAAGCGCAGAGCCGAGUCGACCUCCGUGCCGCCCCCCGCCAAAGCUUCAAUCUUGGUCGUCGUCGAGCACGACAAGAAAAAGAAACAAAGAAGGGCAGGUGAAUAUGCGCCCUGAAGGGGAGCAAAUCUUCCGGGGGCUGGUCUUUUACUACGUCCCGGACAAUGAGAUUGCGCCGGCGCGCAGACUGCGGAUGCAAAAGGCGCGCGAGUACGGCGCAGCGCGGACGAGCGAUGCGGCGCAGGCGACGCACAUUAUUGUGGACCGAGACAUCGGGUACCGAGACGCGGAAAAGGCGGUGGCUAGGAAGAGGGACGGCGUGGUGAUUGUGAAUGAAGACUAUCCGAUUGAGUGCGUGCAGUUUAGGGCGCUGCUAGAUGGGAAGCAGAAGCGGUACAUGCUGGCCGGGCAGCCGGAGGAGGAGGAGGCUGGCGGGGAGCAGAGGACGACGGUGGAGGCUAAAGUGGAAAAGGCCGGGGAGAAGGAAGUGGUGUGUGCCAAGGAGAAGCUGCGGCUCAGUGAACCGUCGCGGAACCCGAAGAAGUGGAAUACUGCGCCAGAAGCGACACCGCCCAACGCGAGCGAGGCGUCGCCUGGCAUUGACUCGCAGCCUAUUGUGCUAGAUGUCCAUACGGCGCGAGACGAAGCACAAGCCUGCGAGGCACCGCAGACGGAAAGCGCGAAGCGACGCAGCACAGCGCCGGGCGAUGAGCUGACUGAAGUGAUUGACAUGAUGCAAGAGUUUAAAGACUUGCCUCUAGACAAUGACGAUGAAGAGGAGACAGUCUCUCCGGCAAGCCACGACUCGAGCUCCGAAGACGACCGGGCAUCCCAGCGCCGCGCGCCGGCGCCCAAGAAAGCAGCACCAGCCAGCGCGGGCCCCUCAUUGGAGCGCUUCGCCUGCGCGCACGCCGGCUCCCUCGACGCACAUGCCAGCAGCGCCAACGCGCGUACCGUGCAGGUCCUGCAAGCCAUGCUGUCGUACUAUGAGCGCACGAGCGACACGUGGCGCGUCAUGGCGUACCGGCGGGCAAUUGCGACGCUGCGGCGGCAGCCGACCAAGAUUUCGUCUGCGCGGGAGGCGCUGCGGCUGCCGGGCGUCGGGCAACGACUCGCAGCCAAGAUUGAAGAGAUUGCCACGACGGAUCGGCUGCAGAGGCUGGAGCACGCGGAAAGGGAUGACGAUGAUGGAGGAGGAGCAAACGCGGCGUUGCGGCUGUUUCUAGGUGUGCACGGCGUGGGGCCGGCGCUGGCGGCGCAGUGGGCGGCGUGGGGGAUGAGGACGCUCGAGGAUGUGGUGAGGAAAGACAGCGGCAUCAGGCUGACGCCGGGUCAGAGGCUGGGGAUUGAGCGGUACGAGGACUUGCACACAAAGAUUCCGCGGGACGAGGUCGAGGCGCUGGCGGCUGUGGUGCGCGCGGAAGCGGCGAGGAUCGACGCGGCGGUGGAGAUUACCAUUGGGGGCAGCUACCGCCGAGGUGCGCCUGUAUCAGGCGACGUGGACAUGAUGCUAAGCCGGCCCGACACGACGUGCGCGGCGGAUUUGGCGCCGUUUUUGAGGGAGCUGGUGACGCGGCUGCAGAGAAGCGGGUUUAUUGUCGCGACGCUCGCGGGCGGGGGUGGAAGCGACAGCAGCAGCAGCAGCAGCAGCAGCAGCAUCUGGCAGGGGUGCUGCGUGCUGCCGGGCGGAAGCGGCAGGUUUCGGAGGAUGGAUCUGCUGGUGGUGCCGGAGACGGAGAUGGGAGGGGCGUUGAUUUAUUUUACGGGGGAUGAUGUGUUUAAUAGGAGUUUGAGGCUGCUGGCGCGAAAAAGGGGCAUGAGGCUGAAUCAGAAGGGUUUGUAUAAGAGGAUAGAGUCGGCGGCGGCGGCGGCGGGUGAAAAUGGGAGGAGGGGGAGGAGGGGGAUGGUGGCGGUGGAGGGGGAUCUGGUGGAGGGGAGGUGUGAGAGGAGGAUUUUUGAGAUUUUGGGGGUGGAGUGGAGGGAGCCGACGGAGCGGUGGUGUUGA